CAAAGUUUUUCAUCUUCUUCUUCUCUCUCUCUCUGGCAUCGCAUCUCUGUUUGUUCGUAUCAUUUCUGAGAGAGAAAAUUGUAUCAGAUUCAGAUCCAAACCAUUAAACAAAACCAAAAAAAAAAAAAACAAAAAAAACAAAGAAGAAGAAAAGAAGAAUGGCGACAGUAUCACCACUGGCGAAAUACAAGCUGGUGUUCUUAGGAGAUCAAUCAGUAGGCAAAACCAGCAUCAUCACUCGUUUCAUGUACGAUAAAUUCGACACCACUUACCAGGCUACAAUUGGAAUUGACUUUUUGUCAAAAACAAUGUACCUUGAAGAUCGAACUGUUCGCUUGCAGCUUUGGGAUACUGCUGGGCAAGAAAGAUUUAGGAGUCUUAUACCAAGUUAUAUCAGGGAUUCUUCCGUCGCUGUAAUUGUCUAUGAUGUAGCAAACAGGCAAUCAUUUCUCAACACUUCUAAGUGGAUUGAGGAGGUACGAACAGAACGAGGCAGUGAUGUCAUUGUAGUCCUUGUCGGAAACAAAACUGAUCUUGUUGAUAAAAGGCAAGUGUCCAUAGAGGAAGGAGAUAACAAGGCUAAGGAGUUUGGGGUGAUGUUUAUAGAAACCAGUGCAAAAGCAGGAUUCAAUAUUAAGCCUCUAUUCAGGAAAAUUGCUUCUGCCUUGCCGGGGAUGGAAACACUUUCUUCAACGAAACAGGAAGAUAUGGUCGAUGUGAACCUUAAGCCUUCUGUCAAUUCAUCCCAGAAUGAGCAGCAGGGUGGCGGUUGCGCCUGUUAGAAAACUGUAUUUAAAAGAGACAGAGAAAUUGAAGCACUUACAAUACUCAGUUAUACUCGAUUCACAAUACAAUACGGAUGGCAAUUUUGUCAUAAACUACUUCGACAGCAAAGAAGAUAUGUGCUCAGAAUGGUGCAUCUCGCAUAUGCCAUCAAGUUUUAAGUGUCUAAGGGACAGAAAACUGUGGGUCUAAUCCAAGAUGGUACAAUCAGCAAUUUGAUGUGUUUCUUAUAUUUGUUUUAUAUAUGUACUUUCCCUUCAAACUUCUCUUUUCUCUGAGUGAUUUUUUGAACUUUUUUUCUCAUAACUUAUUGCCAUAGAAGCAUAUUCUUAGGUUACUGGGGGACAUUUAUGUUUGUAAGUUUAGAUUAAGAUUAUGGCACAUAAUGUUUCUUUUUCUCACAAGUUUGAUGAAACCAAAUUCAGGUUAAUCAACAAGCUUAAUUCUCUUCC